CUCGUCACAAAGCUGAUUGCUUGGAAUCGAAGAAGGAGAAGACAAACAAUGGCAGAAAUUGCACUCUCAGGAGCAAUAACUGUAGUUUCCAAGGUGGUACCGUUUCUCUACAAAAUAUGUUCUGGCCGCGAUCGUCGUAACAUUGAAGAAGUAAGAAAAUGGUUGAAUACUAUAAUAGCUUACCUGAAGGACACGGAAGGAAGAGAAGAUACAGCAGGUUUGAAGGAUCGAGUUCAACAAGUGCAAGAUUUAGCAUAUGAGACUCAAGAUGCAAUUGAAGAGUUCAUGUGUGAAGUUCCUGAACACUCCCAUCAUCAUUGGAUCACAAAAUUUCUUCAUGAUGUUGCUCACUCUGUUAAGGACUUUCUUCCACUGAGGCAAUUGUCCUCCUGCAUGGCAGAUAUCAAGAAAAAAGUCGACAACAUCAAACACUUAGAUACACUUCGCAUUUGUCCCCCUAUAGUUGCUUCAAGUUCUACUACAGCUGGGGAGGUAUCAUUUUCCAGGAAUGACCAUCAUGUUCUUGUGAGCAUUAAGAGGCGUGUAAAGGCAUUUCUUGAUCGUGUUUUAAGGGGAGAUCAGCCAAGGGAUGUAGUAAUUUCAGUAGUCGGAGACCCGGGUUUAGGUAAAUCCACUGUUAUCCAUGAAGUCUUUGAAAUGGUCAAAAAUAGUUUUGAAUGCAGUGCUUGGGUUUCUAUCCCUCCUUCUUGUGAGGACUUGUUAGAGAAACUUUUUCAGGAACUGGAAUUACCUUUUGACCGAGGAAAAUACAAAAAAAGGAGUUUGCAGUUUCAUUUACAACAAAAAAGAUACAUCCUUGUUUUUUAUGGUAUUUGGUCUGAAGAUCAAUGGAACUGCAUUAACGAGUUACUUCCUUGUAAUAAAAAACAAGGUAGUAAAAUAAUCAUCUCCACUCGUUAUCGCAAUUUAGCUUCUUAUUGUACAAGCUCUCAUGAUUAUAUCUAUGAUCUCAACCUUAAUCCAUUAACAUGGGAAGAGGCGUGGGAGCUCUUCUAUACGAAGGUCUUCCAAGGUGAUAAAUGCCCGGAUCAUUUGGUUGAUUGGUGUGAGAAAAUUGUGAUAAGAUGUGAAAAAUCGCCACAUGCAAUUGUUGCAGUUGCCAAUUUCUUGUCAAAUAAGCCACGUAUUGGGACAAAGUUUAAGAAUGUACUUGAUAGCCUUGCAUGUGAACCAGGACAUCCUGUCUCUCUUUCCUGCUAUAAAAUUUUCUCGCAUAGUUAUUACCAUCUACCGCCCAACCUCAAGUCUUGUUUUUUGCACUUUUGCAAUUUUCCUGAGUUUCACCCUGUUAAACGUGGAACACUGAUCCACCAAUUGAUAGGUUGCUGGUUCAUUGAGGAAAAAGAAGGUAAAACUCUGGAUCAGGUGGCAUAUGAGAACUUAGUUGAGCUAGUUCAAAUGAGCAUGGUUCAUGUGACCAGGCGAGAUUCUGAAGGACGAAUAAGGAGUUGUUAAGUUUCUAAUCUUGCAAGAGGGUUCAUCCUUUCCAUGUCUGAGAAGGUAAACUUCAUUAAUGUUCUUAGAAGUCCAAGUGCCAGUUUGGGAGGAGAGAAAACCUGUCGCUUAUCUCUUCACAAUUGCUUCCCCUCCAUGUUACAAAGGACAGACCUCUCUUAUGUUCGUUCUUUUUCUAUGUAUGAGGUAGAAAAUUUUUCAGAAUCAAUGGCCAAAGAACUUCUCAAAAAAUUCAAGUUAAUAACAAGUUUAGAAAUGGAAAAUGCAACCUUGCAACAUUUUCCAGA